GGCCCUAUAAAAACUUACCAUACAACAAAAGCCAAUAGAAAUUGUAAACUGAAAAAUUGAGGUUCGUCAAAUUGUGAUAUCCAAGAUGAUCUACGACGUGAAUUCUCCUCUCUUCCGAUCCUUCCUUAGCCAGAAAGGAGGCUCUUCUGACAAAAGGCGAACUGAGGAGCAGAAGCCAAAGGAACACAAGCCUAAAGCAAAUGAGAAUAAGCCCGUGAUGUCAGAAUAGGCCAGUGACUGGUGGUCACCAAAAUGCUCAUGGUUUUUAUUACCCAAGUUUCUGUAACAAGUCUAUGUUACAUGGGCUUGCUUAUGCAGGGGCUUUGAUUUUUCUUGAUGUAACAAAAUAAUUCUGGAUUGUGGUAGGUCCUUGGAAUAGAUAUUUUAGUAUUAUGAAUUUGGAUAUUUAAAAUUUGAUUUUCUUAUCUAUAUUUUAGAUAAAUUGCAAUAUCAAAUCU